UGAUUUUUAUUGAUUUUCAAUUUAUUUGAACAAUGUUUUGGUCACUCUAUGUCAUUGAAAAAACCCGAUUCAAUCAAUUGAUUGAAUCAAUGCUUAAGAGUCUACUGUAUAGACAUCUCUAGUGAAAGCAUUGAAUGAAUUGACAUCUCAUGUAAACAAAGUUUGUUAUAACAAGUCAUCACUUUUACUGUUAAUGUAAUUACUAUUUGUCUUCAAAUUUCAGACAAAGACUUGAUGGUGAUUGUAGUGGUCAUACAAUUAUUAGAUCCCGAAAACAAUUAAAUAUUGUCAAAGACUAUCAAAUCAGUGAAAAUGACUGACAAGGCUUGGAAUGAUCCGCCGCUCUUCUCAUUGGAUCAGAUGUCCAAACCAUCCAAUAAUUUAGCGAUUAAUCGACGCAAUCGGUACCCACAGAUGGCCACAGCUGGACAUCAGCCGCCAACAAAUAUGACUUCAAAUACAAUGUACAGCACAUCCGAUACGGCGGCCGUCGGCUUUCAAACGCAACCGAUGAUGAAUACAACUCAAAUGGCAUCCAAUGUGCAGACAAAUGUUGCUAACUUUGGUCCCAAUUUUGAUAUCAACUCAUUUAUAUAUACAAUACAUUCGUGCAUUACAUCUGCAAAUAUACCACAAGAGUUAAUCCAGAAGUGGUAUAAUAUUCAGAAUAGUGUUUAUAGCAUUCAAAUGGACGGCCAGACUAUGGUUGGUCUUCAAUCUCUGAUGAAUGCUAUUCAAAGUCGUGACUUCAAUAGUGGCCGACAGUUUGCCACUUCUUUGUUAAGUAAUAAUCAAGAAAUUGUCCGAAAUGUUGGUCACACUAUUUCAGAAAUAUUAAGAUUUUAUCCAUAAUUUUUAUUUAUUAUUAACAAUAAAUUAUGCAAUUA